UCGAACGAUUACUAUACCCUUAGCCCGGAAAUCCGGGCCUCGGGUAAUUAGCUGAUCAGGAGGCUGUAACUCGUGCCGUCACUGAUGAGAAUGAACGUCAAGUGAGAGAAGUAAGGAGAUUGCUGCAGCUCGUGCAGCAACGUGACAAAGACAACAAACAACUACAAACAGCAGAUCGUGAGCAGGAGCAUCUUGCAGCACAGAAACAGAGAGAAGCAAACGAACUGCAGGAGCAAAUCACGAGAAUGGCAAGUCAGUUAGAUGACAAGGAGAGACAGCUGCAACAACAGGAGAAAGAAAUAGAUGACAUGAGAAGCACAAUAGAGGAACUAAGAAGGCGGGUUGAUGUCUUGAGGCACAAGGUGCAACAGAAGCACACGACUAAUGAACGUUUGGCAAGGUCGAAACUUGUAGAGAAGUGAAAGUGCAUGGCAGGAGCUGCAACAACUUCAACAUCAAUAUGACAGCCUUAUACAGAUCCAUGAUGACAGUUUACACAUGACUGGAUUAAAGUUGGGAACAGGAGGUUAUGGAGAGGUUGGUGUUGGCAUGUGGCGUGGUGUAGCAGUUGCUGUCAAGACAUUUCAUGAAGAACCGGUUAGAGUAGAUGAACUCAACAUUUCAUUCAUUCGACGUCAAGUGUCUGUGUCCAGUCGUGUCCAUCACCCCAAUGUCGUAUCCAUCUGUGGAGCUAUCAUUGAGAAUAAAGUUCCUCUUUGUAUCGCCAUGGAGCUUUUGGAAGGAUCACUGAAAGAUGUGAUCGAAGCUGCUUUGAGAAGCAGAUAUCUGUCCAUGAGGGAACAAGUGGAUAUAGCUGUGGGAUGUCUGUGUGGUGUGAUGUAUCUUCACCGGCUGCAGCCUGCUCUUCUUCAUGGAGACAUUCGCUCUACCAACAUUCUCAUCAGCAAGACCAUGCAAGCCAAAAUCGGUGAUCUGGGCUCUUGUCGCUUCUCUAACGAGUCACUUUCUAUUGGUCCUCUCAGUCCAGAAAAGCAGUCAGUCUCACAGUUUUUAAUUUACACUUUCACUUUGUGCUGA